UGAACUUGGUUAUGUAAAUAUCAAGAUGUUAUAACUGGAUAUUAUAUUUGUAUUGUUUUUUCGUAUUAAAACCUUCACGCUAAGCCCAAAUGACAUAUUCAUUAAGAACAUACACGUCCGACAGACCAAGCGUCACCAUGCCACCAUUCUACAACUUCGGUAUUUUAUAAAAUUAUACAAAAAUAAACAGCCGUCAAGAUGAUAAGCCGGUGAAGGAGAAUCGCUCCGAUUUUUAUUAUUACCCUCCUCCAACAUGUCAAUAGCAUUAAAUCUAAUCAGACUGCUGUCUCCGAGGGUCCAGUCGCCGGCUUUAUGCUCCUGCCAUGUGUUGAACUAUCGAAAUUACGCCGAUAAACCUAAAACACCUUCGUCUUCUAAACACCUGGUAACACAGAAUGAAGAAAAGAUCCGCGUACGCCGAGCACGGCCAACCGACGUGCCGCGCGUCAUGCGUUUCGUCAAGGAACACGCUCGGAUCACGUGGCCCAACCUUACACCUGACAGCUCCCAUAAUUUGAUUCUGGGAGAUUUCGUCGCAAGGACUCUUGCUCAAGGUCACUCCAUGCUAGCCGAACAGCAAGAGUCCAAACGGACUUGGGGAACAAUCCGCGGCCUCGCUCUCAGUACCUCAGUGUGUCCCUGGGACGCCACGCUCCUGGAGAAGUCGGCCCGGUGCGUGCGCUGCGUCAAGUCCAAACAGCUCAUGCUGUUCACUGCGCAUUGCUUACGAGCUCCAGGGUUGCAUGAUAAAUACAAUGUGCAUACUGUUAUGCAGGUAGUACUGAUGAUACCUCCAGAUUCUCCAAAGUCUGCGGAAAUUGCAUUGAUGCUAGCAAAAAAUACACUGCAGAGAGGUCGGGACACUGGGUUCCCUCUGGUUCGGUUUGAUGUUACCAGCGAAUCAAUAACGAAAGCCCUGAGCAGCCUCAAUCUCCAAAAAGAAUGGGAAUUUUUCUAUGAAGUCCAACCCGAUGCAAUCAAGGAGUGUGUCAGGGAAACAUUAAAAGAAGAUAAAAGUGGAGUGCAGAGUUCUGAAGCGAAAAAUCAUAUUGUUGUUUACACAGCUUUUCCUUUAAGAAAAUAA